AUGCGUCACAAAGAUGUUGCAAAGUUCUACUAUGUUUGCAGUCAAUCUCUAGUUGCUAUGAAAGAGUACAAAGAGGGAUCAAAUAGGAAACGGAUGGAACGCUUCCCAUGUCAAGGAAAAAUGCAAAUGAAAAUUGAUAUGCCGGCUGCCGAGGCAAUGUUAGAAAUUCAUCAUGGUAUUCUUCAUAACCGACCAACUGUCACCUCCGAAAUUAGCGAAGAGUGUAAAAAAGAGAUCGACGAAAAUCUCCAUUGCAACCCCAUUCAUCUACGACAAAUACUUCGGACCAAAAAUGUUAUGAAAAAUUACACCCCUCGACAAAUUCAUUCAUAUUGGGAAAGGGCUGCGGGCAAUAAACUUCCGGAUCUCGUUUCGCAAUUUUCUGUUGCACAAGUUAUCCCAUCUCCUGUAAUUACUACGAACAUCGAUAGCGGCUUUAUUAUACCGACCAUGGCAGCCAUUCCAUAUCCAUCCCUACCUCCGAUGCCUAUUGUAUCGAGUACACCAAAUCCCACUUUGCAAAAAAGCAGUUCGAAAGAACUUCCGAAAGUAGGAAAUCGUCAAUUUAAUCACGAUGAAUUUGCAGAGUAUGUGACAAAGAUGGAACAAUUUGCAAAGAGAUGCAGGAAUCAACUAGAUCGCCAAAAUUAUACCUGGUUGGAUACUGUGAAAAUAUUGACGGCCGGUGUCAUUGAGAUGGAGAAUGACAUUGAAGAGCUGGAAAGACAACGCGCAAGUGAAAGGGGAGCCACAAAACCAUGGACAAUUCAUUACAAAUAA